UCAUCAAUAUUUGAUUCAAGAUCUCAUGAGAAACAAUGGAUCAACCAGAUCAAAAAAAUUGUGGAAGAAGAAGUCAAAGUUGACAUGGAAGUUCCUGCGUGCAUCUUUAACAUUCCUGCAGCUCUAGCUUCUUUCAAGCCAGAAGCUUACAUGCCUCAGCUUAUGGGUUUGGGGCCGUACCACCAUUGCGAUCCCGAUCUCUACGGUAUGGAACUGUACAAGCUCGCUGCCGCAACUCGGCUCCAGAAGCAGUUCAAAACCCAGGAAUUCGAGCUACUCGUGGAUAAGCUUAUGGAAUUCGAGUACACGGUUCGGGCAUGUUACGGUUGUUACCACAAGUAUUUGGACAUUGAAGGCAAUACCCUAAUGUGGAUAAUGGCCAUUGAUGGCUUGUUUUUGCUCGAAUUUCUUCAGAUAUUUACGAACAAAGAUGAUUCUGAAGCAGCUCAUUUAGUUGACUCCGCGGGAAGAAAAUUGUUCCACGACUCGAUCCUAAGUGAUGUCAUGCUGCUUGAGAACCAAAUCCCCUUCUUUCUGUUCAGCAAAAUCAUAUCCAUCCAAAUCUCGCAAGACGAUCUUCAUGAUAACUGUUUGCCGUUGAUCUUGACGACUUUUUGUCACUCGAUUUCUCCUGUCAAACUAAAGGAGGACUUUCCUUUGACCAGAGUUCUCGAUUGUUCCCAUUUGUUAGACCUUUUGUACCAUAUGAUCGUGCCCGCAUUGGCAGACCAGUUAACUCAGGAAGCCCCCGGGACCCAAAAGAGUGUUACAGAGUCCAAAUCAAGCCAACAAGCCGAUUCAGCUAAUUCCUGUCAAAUUUUUACUACCCUUUGGGAAGUCUUAUCCAGUCUUAAAAUUAUCAAGAAAAUAGCAGACAGUGUUAAGAAGACUAUUACUAGGGUUCCCGCGCUGUCCUUCCUAGCUGCGAAAGCCAAAGAAAGCAUAAAACCUGAAAAUUCGCAACCCAAACCAGUUCAAGUAGAGAAAAUCAUGAUACCUUCAGCUUCAAACCUUUCCGAAAUUGCAGGGGUGGAAUUCUGCCCAACCACUGGUGACAUUUUGACAAUCAAGUUCGAUGACAAGGAAAAUUUUUUUUACCUUCCGAUCAUCACCUUGAACGUCCACUCGGAAGUCAUAAUACGAAACCUGAUUGCGUACGAAGCAUCAACAGCGUCCGAUUCCCUUGUUUUUGCACGGCACACCGAGUUACUAGACGGCAUUAUUGACACUGCUGGGGAUGCAAAAUUGCUCAGGGAAAAGAAAAUCAUUGUAAACCAACUGAAAAGCGAUGAUGCGGUCUUACAACUGUUUGAUGGGAUUGGGAAAUCUGUACGGUUAACGAAUGCUCCAUAUUUCGAUAAAACGAUUGAGGAUGUGAACAAGUUCUUCUAUAAUUCGCGGAGGGUUCGGAUUUAUUCCGGCGUGAGGAAGUAUGUGUUUGGUUCUUGGAAGAUUUUGACAGUUUUUGCAGGCAUUUUGCUCUUGUUGCUCACGGGUGUGCAGUCAUUCUGUUCAGUUUACACCUGCCCUGAUAUGAUCAACCCAGCUGUUCAUAAUUAGUGCAUGUGUUCCGAAUUUAGAACAAUAAGGAGAAUCUCCAUUGUUUGGAAUUUCUGCAUUGUUUGGUUAAUAUUUGUAAUCUUUCUUUGGUUCUUUGUGUUUUCGUUGUUGUGUGCAUUAGAGUUCUUGUUUUGUUGUUCUUGUAUAAACCAAUAUGAUUCUUGAUCUAGUGUAAUGGAUUGCUGUUUUUU